UAAUUAGGUCUAAGAAUGAAGAAUUCGAUCCCGAUUAAUUUCAUUUACGAGAUACUCUCGAGAUUACCUGCAAAAUCAGUUGCGAGGUGUCGUUGUGUGUCGAAGCAAUGGAGAUCCAUCCUUCGCCGUCAAGAUUUCACCGAAUUGUUUCUAACAAGAUCCAAAGCUCGUCCACGUCUCUUAAUUAGUGUCCAACAAGACGGUGAGUGGAGCUUUCUCUCGCUGCCUCAGCCUCAGAAUCAUUACGAGAAUUCGUCUCUUGUAGUAGCUGCCGCCGAUUUUCAUACCAAGUUUUCUUCAGGGAUAAGCCGUUGUUGUAGCUAUGCCUUUGGUUUGAUCUAUUUUCAUAAUAUGCGCAUCCCAAAGGAAGAUGAAGAUGAAAAGCGUGUGUUAUGUGACCCUCUCACAGGACAAUAUGUUAUCUUACCUGAACUUAGAGGUCACUCGUAUUCGUAUAGCUAUUUAGGGUUUGAUCCGGUUGAUAAGGAAUUCAAGGUGUUGUUCAUGAAUACUAGUGAUUUUAUGGCUUAUAAUUAUACAGAUCAUCAUAUUUUGACACUAGGAGCUGGAGAAUUGAAAUGGAGGAAGAUCCAAUGUCCUUUUACUCAUGAGCCUUUUUGGGAAAGGAUAUGCAUUAAUGGGGUUUUGUAUUACUCAGCUCAACAUUCUGAUUCUGAUGGAAAAAGAUCUUAUGUGGUAGUUUGCUUUAAUGUAAGGUCUGAGAAAUUCAAAUUCAUAGGCGCAAAAUGAUGUCAUGAUCAACUGGUAAACUAUAAGGGGAAAUUAUGUGGGAUUGAUUUGAAGCAUGCUUAUGAUGGUGGAUUUCCCCUUGAGUUACGUAUGUGGGUUCUAGAAGAUGUCCAUAAACCGGAAUGGUCGAAAUAUGUCUACACUUUGAGGGAUGAUAAUAAAGUCGUUAAGGUUAACUCUAAUCUUUCUGUUUCUGGGAUGACUGCUACCGGUGACAUUGUUUUGUCGUUCAAGUAUGCAUCUAAUCCGUAUUAUGUUUUCUACUUCAAUCUGGAAAGGAACACUCUCCAAGUCCAAAGUGUUGUCCAAGGUCUUGAAGCUAAUCGUGAUCGCAUAGCUUACUACGCCUUUGUAGACUAUGUAGAGGAUCUUAGUGUUAACGAUGCACUGCUGCCACUCAAGUCAAGCCCUUUACAACAAGGCAAAGAUAUAGUUAAUUACCAAGAGGCUAAAACCACGACAACGCCGGCAUACAUCUCAUCACCUCUCCAAGUCUGCUCCGUCUGUGAAGAACAAGCAACAUAACAAGUACGAAUUCUUACCAAACAUGCUCUAUCACUCUGUUCGCUUAGCUAUUUUAUUUUUUGCUUUAUUUUGUUUGUUUUUCGGUUUUUUUAGCUAUAUCAUUCGGUUGGCUUAGAUACUGUUUAUGCUUCACAUCCAUUAACAAAGAUACUGUCAUCACAUUUCCCCUUGACAGAGUUUAUG